AUGGGUCAGCUGAAGUGUUAUGGUGUGUCUCUGUCCGGUGUCUUGAAAGUGUACCUUCUAGCCGCACUGGUCGUCCUAAGUCUGGUGGCCGUCUGUACAGCACAGUUCGGACUCAGCAUAGGCGUCCCUGGCUAUGGUGGAUACGGAGGAUACAAUCAAUACGGUCAAGGCUACUACGGCAACCCCGGAUACGGAUACGGCAACCAAGGAUACUACGGUAACCAAGGAUAUGGCAACCAAGGAUAUGGCAACGGAUACGGCAACCAAGGAUACGGAUAUGGUAACCGAGGAUACGGUGGCUUCUACAGAAGAUGA